AUGUCUCUCUCGUUCUCCAAGCUCUUCGCUGCUGGCUCUCUGGUUGCUGCCAGCCUGACUGGAGCUGCUCCUCUGGAGCAACUUCAGGAAAGGUCGGCUAAGAACAUCAGUAGACCAAAGGUUAUCAUGGACAACGAUUGGGGAACCGCUGGUUUCAUUCCCUUCCUUAUGGCACUUGAUGCCGGCUGGGACGUUCUUGGUCUUGUCUCUGACACCGCAAACUCGUGGGCCUUGCAGACUGGACUGCAUGCUCUGGCUACCCUGGAAGUUGGCAACCUUUCUUGUAUUCCCGUUCACAAGGGAGCAGACUACCCUAUUCUCAACACACCCGAGCUUUUCCAGACUUGGGAGAUGGUCCAUGGCAAGCUUGCAUGGGAAGGUGCCUUUGCGCCAGAGAACCUUACCUACGAGGCAUUGGGCAACGACCCUACUUCGGGUGACCCAACUCGCGUCUCAAAGGCCGCUCUUUACGAGGGCUACCCCAACACCACAUUCGCCUCCAAGGACGCAGCAUGGUUCAUGAUUGAGCAAGUCCGCAAAUACCCUGGUCAGGUCUCAAUCUACUCGGCCGGUGCUCUGACCAACAUUGCUCUUGCUAUCCGCAUGGAUCCCGACUUUGCAAAGAAUGCAAAGGAGCUGAUCAUCAUGGGAGGCUACAUUGAUAGUAACCUUCUGCAAGUUACCGGCAGUGUCUUGCAGGCCGACCUGAGUUCUGACAUCAACUUGAUGAUUGAUCCCGAAGGCACCAAGAUUGCUCUUACUGCUCCUUUCCCUAACAUCACCAUCGCUGGUAACGUCGCCAACCAGGUCAUGGUUACCCAAGAGUACCUCGACGACAUUUACAAGGUCAAGAACCCUUACUCUUCUCUGAUGCACAAGUACUACGGCACCAUCUUCCCCCUCUGGGAUGAGACCGCCGCCGCCAUCAUGCUGGACCCCACCAUUGUCACAAACACCACAAGCUUCUACCUCGAUGUCGACACUGCUCCUUCCAGCCCCAACUACGGCAACAUCCACGCCUACCAGGAGGCUCUGAAGCCCAGUGCUCAGAACCUUCAGAAGGUCAACAUGGUUGUUUCGGUCGAUGGCAACAGACUGAAGAAGUUUGUCAAGAGAUCUGUUCAGUACCCCAAGACCUGCGCCAACCUUUGA